AGGCGCCAACAUUUGUUCAGAUCGUUUGCCUUGUGCUUCAGACUACUGAAAUUCCUUUUUUUGUUGUUGUUUUAUAGGGCGCAUGCGCAUUCCCAUUUGCUUUCACUUUGUAAUCAUUUCCGUCCAACUUCCAAACUCCGUUUUCAGAAACUACUGCUGCUGUUGUGUUGCGUCUGUCUGAGUUUUCACUUCCCCUUCAGUGAAACAACACAGUGCUGAUGGAAAAACAGCUUUUCGUCCGUCUGCUGCUACUCACGUUGUUGAAAGGUGUGUGGCCACUGGAACCCAAGGUGUUACAUGUCAGAGCAGGUGAGAUGGUGGUGCUGCAGUGUCCUUAUUUCAGAAGAGUCAGUGAUGGAGAUGUUAAAGUGCUGUGGACCAGUCACACCUCCCAGGAGAUGAAUGUGACCAGCAACAUGUCCACAUCAGCUGAGCAGAGUCACGUGGAUGUGUUGAUUCAUGGACGGAGCCUUAUUAUUCUCAGAGCUUCUGUCAAUCAUCAGGGCAACUAUUCAUGCUCUCGUGGGAAUGCCAGCAGCCGGUUCUGGUUCAGGCUGACAGUGUACACAACACAGUCCAGAGAGCAUGAAGAGAAGAACCAGAACCAUUUAACAUGUUACAUGCAACAGUCCUGCACAAUGAAAUGCCCUGUUGUAAUUCUCCCGCCUGUAAAUAUCACCAGCAACGGCAUAAUAUGGAACAAGAAGGGCGAGUCUUCACCAAGAGACGGCAUCUUCUCAAGAGUUGAUGAGAAACACCGCGGCCUCUACAACUGCACCAGAUUAUACCUGUAUCAAGGCCAAACAUACAGCAUGACCUUUACAGUCUCACUAGAUAUCCAGCCCAGCAGUAAGAUACUGUGGCCACACAAAGAUGAUGUAUUGGCUGUAGAGCUAGACUCACCAGUGGUAAUUAAUUGCACAGCUUUUGUGACUUCCAAGUUUGAUGACGUGUUCUGGUUAAGUGGGGAAUCAUUUGUGGAAACAAACAGCAGCCUUCCUUUUUUCUACAAUUAUACACGGGGAAAAAAUGCUGAUAAGAACAAGGUGACAGCAUCUUUGGUUUUCAAAAAAGUGUCAGAGGAGGAUCUGUCACGAAGUUACACCUGUAAACUGGAAUCUGCCCACCAACCCUCAAGCUUUGUCACUAUCACCCUGACUCAAAAAGACAAUGAAGCAGUAGACGACAGUGAGGCGCAGUCCCAGCCUCGUGCCACAGACCCGGGGGAUUCCUCCAGCCUCCCCGGCGUCAGCCGAUCCUCCGGUCCGCCACAACAGCCAGGUGCUGAUGCCCGUCCGACCGGCCGUGUCCUCACCCGCGCUGUGCUGGAUUCGCAGGAGGACAUCGUGAACCCAGAGACCUGGAUCAUAACAAGCACCAACAAAAAAUCCAGUCAGGAGAACAUGCAAACUGUACAGAAAGGCUGCAACCAGCUAGCAGAUUAA